GGAGCAUAAUGCCAUGUGCCCAGAAACCGGAUAAUUAGGAACGCUCAGUGAGGCUAGCUAUUUAUAUCUCAUCCUUUUUUCUGCUAGUACUUCUACAUAUAUACCUUGUUCAUUGAGCUUUCCCUGCACAGAGCUAGGUAGUUGAAAAUGGAGGUAACCAAUAGGUACAUCACCAUAAAGACUCAGGUAGACGGAGAGCCCAAAGAGUCUGAUUUUGAGCUCAAAACUUCAGCCCUUUCACUCUCACUUGACCCCAGUUCCAAUGACAUCAUUGUGAAGAAUCUGUAUGUGUCAAUCGACCCUUACCAGCUAAACCGCAUGAAAAGUCAGAGCUCAUCACAGAAAGCUAUAGGUUUUGCAGCAGCCAUCACUCCCGGCGAGGAUAUUGAUGCUUAUGGUGUCGCGAAGGUUGUGGCUUCUGGGAACCCUGAGUUUGAGAAGGAUGACUUGGUUGUGGGGCUCAUCACUUGGGGAGAGUACAGUUUGCUAAAAGGAGGAAAAUACAUGUUGAGGAAAUUUGAUCCUAUGGGAUUCCCACUGUCUUACCAAGUUGGAAUUCUAGGUUUCAGUGGACUUACAGCAUAUGGUGGAUUUUUUGAAGUAUGCAAACCGAAGAAGGGGGAGAAAGUUUUCGUCUCUGCAGCUUCUGGAUCGGUUGGGAAUUUGGUCGGACAAUAUGCAAAGCUUUUUGGUUGCUAUGUUGUUGGAUGUGCAGGAAGCAAAGAAAAGGUAGCAUUGCUUAAGGAAAAGCUUGGAUUUGAUGAUGCAUUCAACUACAAGGAAGAGCCUGAUUUGAAGGCAGCUCUCCAAAGGUACUUCCCUGAUGGGAUUGACAUCUACUUUGAUAAUGUGGGGUUUGAAAUGCUAGAGGCUGCAGUUGUUAACAUGAACACCUUCGGUAGAGUUGCUGUCUGCGGCGUGAUCUCCGAGUACAUUGAUGCUACGAAGCGAGCCGCACCCAAUAUGCUAGAUGUUGUGUACAAGAGAAUUAAAAUCCAAGGGUUUCUAGCAGCCGAUCAAAUGAAUGUGUUUCCGGAUUUCCUUUCCACCACAACUGAUCAUCUUCGUACAGGAAAAUUGCAUGCGGUUGAAGACAUCUCAGAUGGUGUGGAGAGUUUCCCAUCGGCUUUCAUUGGACUUUUUCGUGGUCAUAACACUGGAAAGAAAAUGGUUAAAGUUGCAGAUGAAUGAACAUUACAUGGAGUCACAUUUUGCUUGAUCUAUACUUAAAUUGGAAGUGAGCAUUUCUUAUGUC